GUUAAUUAAAAAACACAAUAAGAAAAAAUAUAACAGCUUAUUAGAAUGGUAUCUCUCAAGUUCCUUGCAGCUAUUCUCGUUGUCAUGUUUCUGGCUACCGGACCUACGGUUCGAGCCCAACAAUGCAGAGACGAGCUGAGCAAUGUGCAAGUGUGUGCGCCACUGCUUCUGCCCGGUGCAGUCAGUCCAGCCCCAAACUCAAAUUGCUGUGCUGCCCUCCAAGCAACCAACAAAGACUGUAUCUGCAACGCUCUUCGAGCAGCCACCACACUUACCUCUCUUUGUAACCUCCCCUCUUUUGAUUGUGGUAUAAGUGCUUAGUUCAGCAACGGUCAGUUCCGAGGAUUUGGGGAGUUCGGUCUGCAAAAGACAAGACGAAUAAAAAUAAAGAAUAAUGAGAAAUACACUAUUUGAAAUUUGAUGUUUUUGUUUUGAAUUUGGUCUGCUGUUCGGUUUGUUCAAUACUUAUGACAGAUCUAUUAAAUAUCGUUUUCACCAUUAUUACAAAAUAUUUUCUAUAA